AUGCCGCCUCGGACGAGGAAGAAUGCUAACGAUCGGCAGAGGAAAGUUAAAGUCGUCACCGAACAACACGUCAUUGACAAGCCCUCCCCAGUAGCCGAGUUUCCUAUGCGAGAAUGGAGCUUGAAAUUGCACUUAUUGGAUGAAGAAGGCAACGAGAGGCCUGCCGAUGUGUUCACCAAGGUUGUCUACAACCUACAUCCUACCUUUGAGAAUCCUACUCAGACCUUCAUCAAGCCUCCAUUCCUCUGCAGCAACGAGGGCUGGGGUGAGUUCGAAAUCAGUAUCGACUGCUACACGACUGAAAAGACGAAACUGGCCUCCAUUAUCCAUGACCUGAAUUUUCUGCAGGAGAAAUAUGAGGCCACACAUACAGUCACCUUCAAGAACCCGUCGCAAGCUCUGCAGGAACGCCUGCGUGAAACUGGCCCUUUGCCGAACGACGACGACCGCCAAAAGAAGAAGACCGUCGCCAGUAAGAAGGGGGGUCAAAAGUACGACUACGAGAAGAUUGCUGAGGCACUGGAAAAGCUUGACGAGGAGGACCUGUUGCGUGUUAUCCAACUGAUUAAUGAGAACAAAGGUCCGGAUACCUACAUAAGGAGCGAUGUGGAAGGUAAGUUUGUGGCUGCCCGCUGCUUUAUCCUGUCCGCGCCGGGGAAUGUCUUCGGAGUUGUUGAUGUUUGA